AAGAAGAAGAAAAAAUGCCACCAAAACGUCCACCACCAUUGGUACCAAAGAAACCAAACCCCAGCAUGGUCUACGAAGUGCUCAUCUAUUUGAAUUCAUUCUAUUUUGGGAUGUUCGCAUUCUGCGAACUGGCCAUGAGUCUGCUGAAGGCUAUAAAUUUAACAUAUCCUUCAGAAAUAUUGAUACGUGACAUGGUUAUGAUUGUGGCUUAUUGUUCUUUGGAGACAGUGCGUGUGAUUUUGGGACGUAGAAGUUCAUUGGCCGAUCGUGGUUUUCCAGCAAUUGUAUCGGUUCUUUUGAUUGUUCCAUGCCUAUUUGGUGUCAACUACAUUUUACUCUUACAGCUAUACAAAUUACGUCUGGAAUAUGUUCUGUGCGUUUUACAAUUGGGUUUAUACAUCACCGAAAUUUGGUAUGCCAUCUAUUUUGUUUUCACACUUUGUCGACCCAUAAAUUACGAUUAGAAAAAAUCAAUAUUUUAUAAUAUUUUUUA